UCGGCCGAUCAGCAGUGCGCGCCGCGCCGGCCCGUCCCCGCCCGCAGCCCCUGAGCGGCCGCCGCGGCCCAGAUCGAACUGUUGACCGCCGCCGCGUCGCCGGCAGUCGAUAGGGGCAGAGAUCGUCACCGGCCGUCUGACAGGAGAGCCAGAUGAUUCUUCAAAUGAUAAGGCCUGAAAGUCGUACAUUUUCUGACGUGGUCACCUGCGGCGCCGCGGCGCGCUGAGGUCGCCGCCUCACCGCCCUGAGCAAAGAAUCAAACCGUGAACAGCCACCGUCCGCCGGGAGCAUGGAGCGGUCGGCCAUGUCCCCGCUGUCGCCCUGCGGCCGGCAGGGCUCCACCGAGAACCUGCUGCCGCCCGAGGACACGCCGCCACCGCCGCGGCAGCGGCCCGUCAUCACCACAGAGCCGGCCGAUGACGUGCGAGCCGUGCCGCUGCUGACGCUGCCGCCGCUCUCCGGAGAGCCGUCCGGCGGCCAGGAGGGCGCCGCGCGCAGCUUCCCCGACAUCGAGCUGCACUGCCGGCGCACCUACCUGUGUCCGCAGACGCUGGCGCGCCGCCGCUGCUCGUGCAUCAACAUCCACCGGGUGGGCUCGCGCGACUCGGUGUGCUCGGUGGUGGGCGCGCGCGGCGGCGGCCCGGCCGCGCUCGGCGCGCCCUCCACCAGCCGCGACAAGAUCGUGCGCCAGCACUCUCAGCCGGAGACGUGCACCUCGUGCCACCACCCCCGCUCAGCGGCCAGCCUGCGCCAGCUGCACUGCCACGACUCGGGCCGUGGCAGUGAGUUCGCCGAGAUCGCCGCCGACUCGCUGAGAAUCAACGGCGCCAUCCGCCAGUUCCGACAC